AUGGCUCUUAGGUCCACCGCUCUUGCCUCCGCCGGCUGCGUGCUGCUGCUAGGCCUCCUGCUGGGCCUCCUGCGCAAGCUGCCUGAUGCAGACGACUUCGAAGCUGUCUCCAAAAAGUUGGAGGAGCAGGGGUGGGAUGCGGCGGGCGAGGUCAGGCGACACGGCAAGGUCAGCAUCCACGGACUCAGCGAGUAUUCGAAGCGCGCCGACCUUACGCGCGGUCACAUCGAUCCGCGCGCCGAGCCCGUUCUCUAUUUCGUCGGAACCACGCCAGGCUCGCGCGUCCUGAAUUACAUCGGAAAGUACACCUUGUGGCGCGGCGUCCUUCUCAAUGGCAGGCCAACCUACCGUUCGGAGGUCGACUCAGACGUUGGGCUGUGGUACUCGCGCACUGGGCACUGGUACAUCGGCGAUUACGAAUGGCUUGGGCUUCCUGGCGGGCAUGCCUUUGCGGCCUCGGCACACGGCGCAAAGUGGAACGCAGCGCGCAAGGCUUUGUUCGUGCCAGCCGGCGUAUCGCUGGCUCCCUUUGCGCGCUGGCUCCCCGAGGGAGCACAGAUGACUGCACCCCCUUCGCUCGGCAGUCUUGACUCUGUAGAGGCGCCGGAUCUCCAGCUGUUGCCAGACGGCAAUGAAGCUCGACUCGCGCUCGAGCGUCUGCCCGACUUGCAACUCUCGGCGCCCGACUCCUCGCGCGCGGUCCGCUUCAAUGUGUCAAAUCCAGACGAGUAUGCAGGGUCGGUGGCAAUCCCUCUUAUCCUUGUCGGGGUGCUAUCGAUUCGACCGGGUCUCACCAUCCACGGCCGGCCUGCGUACAACUUGCGGCCCGUUGUAGCGAAGCAUAUUCACCCAGCAGGGAUCGGCCUCAGCUUUGGGUACGACGGCGCGUGGUGCGUUGGCGACUACGAUCGGCUGGGCAACAGCAGCCAUUGCUACCUCAAGGCGUACGACAGCGCGCUUGACCCCUUGGAAGUGAACGCGCCCUGGAAGCGAUGGCUGGACUCCCAAAAGCGAUGGAUCCCGGUUCUGUCGAUGAGCUUGCGUGCCGCUUCGUAUGUCGGCAGCGACUUGCUACUCUGCGGGUUGACGAGCCCAGAGCUGCGCCGGCGUGCGAUUUUCUCAUUCGUGAGGCUAAAACCAAGCGACGAGUCGCUGCUGGAUACACUGGUUGCCUUCCGACGCGUUUCGUGGGACAGAGCCGUAGGACCAGGGUCCUAUUACACGCGCGAAGGGCAGCCUAAAAAGGUCGUGCUCCUGCACCAUGACCUGAGUGCAACUUGGUUCAUGACCACGCCGGACGAGCUCAGAGCCGAAACGGAGAUGGAGUCCAGGAAGGCGUGGAUGUAUAACCGAGACGCUAGCCCGUUCGCCGAAGACGUGCAGAACCCUUGGAUGCGGUCGACGGGCCGUUGGCAGUCAGCCGCCGGCUUUGCUUGCCUACCGAUGGGCUCAGACCCGGAGUCCAAGAGCGGGAAACGAUGGCAAGCGAGGGCAGAUGAGCAAAUCGCAUGGCAGGAAGGCCGCGCUGGCCCCGAGGCUAAUGCGCGCCAGCCAGCGCUGCAGCUGAGCAUCGCUGACCUCGCAGAGGUGCCAUUAGACGCCGACGCAGACACGGUGUGGAUGGAGAGCAUGGGAGGCAGCAGCACGCCUGCCCAAGCAGACGAACAAAUGCCGCUGUGGGAGGCCUCGCGCCAUUUCACCGGCUUUGGUGCGCGGUAUCUGCCCGAAGGCCGAAUGCCCGAUGUGCCGCCAAGCGUGCACCGCAUGCAUUCGGGUUUAUGGCACGGGACUGGCGCGCACUGGCACUAUCUUCCAUCGUGCGGCGUGGCGCCUAUGGAGCGCGACUACCUAUCCGACCUCCUCUCGCACGGCCUCCGCCUGCUCUCCGAAGCUGCGUGGUCGAUCCAGAAGGACGCGGUGCGCGGCUGCAUCCUGGGCAUCGCGCUCUUCUCGUUUCGCUUCCUGCAGCAGCGAGUUGUGCACACGCCAGUCAAAAGAGACCCAGGCGACCCGCCUCCGCGCCCGGCGAGAGGCCCCAGGCUGCUGGCCGCCGUGCUGCUCGUGCUCGGCGGCGCUUAUGCGCACCCGGCGGAAUGCGCUGCCGCGCUCGCCGCACUCGUGGCGACCGACUACCUCAACCUGCUCGUCUUGCUCGACGCCUCGGACCCUGUCCUGAGGGUUGGCCGGCCGGGCCGUCGCGCGAUGACGCCGGACUGCACAAAGACUGGCGAACAUGGGGAGAAGCCGCAACGAGCGCUCCUAGUUUUCACCCCUGCCGUCAUCUUCAACGUGCACGACCACACCGCGCUUGACACCUAA